AUGGCAAAUUUCGAAGAGGGCAGGGUCUAUUUCACUCAGACCCUUGGGACAGGCCAUCAUCAGCUUGACGAUGAGGAGGAAGAGGCGGGUGUGGCGAUUGAACGCGACCUCAAGGAAUUCAUUGCAUGUGCAGGAGACUACAGGCAGCAACUGGCCCGUGACGCCACCCUACUGGAGAUAGAUUUGGAUCGCUUUGAUGGAAGAAUGAAGGAGCAAAUUGUCAACAACCCCACAGAGUAUCUGCCACUGCUUGAGCGGGCAGCAUCGGCAAGGGCUGCUGAAUUCCAGCAGCUCAGCCAACAGGGCGACCUCCCCGAGGUACAAGUGGCCUUGAAGUGCUCCAAAAAGGAACCCAGGAUGUCAAUGUCCAUGAGGGCGAUCGGGGCUGACAGGAUUUCCAAACUGGUCCAUAUACCAGGGAUCAUCAUAGCAGCAUCCAAACCCAAGAGCAAGGCGACCUAUGUCACGAUCCAGUGCAAAGAUUGUAAGGCACAGCAGCGCCUGGCUGUGAAGCCAGGCAUGGGAGGGGUGAUACUGCCGCGGAGAUGCACCCUAAGUGACAACAACCCUGGCGCAGAGAGGUGCAGCAUGGACCCUUUUGUGGUGAUGUCAAACCAGAGCAAGUUUGUGGACCAGCAGACGCUCAAGCUGCAGGAACGCCCAGAAGAUGUGCCCACAGGGGAGAUGCCCCGAAACGUUAUUCUUAUCGUUGACAGGCACCUGGUGGACAGGGUCACUCCUGGAAUGCGCGUCAAUGCAGUGGGCAUUUUCAGCAUCUACCAGGCGCAUGGUGCGAAGGCCAAGCAAGACAGCCUGGGAAGUCUGACAGUUCGCCAGCCAUACAUCCGUGUGGUGGGCAUCAGUGAAGAUGAGCACAUGUCGCUACAUGGAAACAUCUCCAUUGCAGAUGAGGAGAGGAUUCAAUUCAUGCAGUUCGCUGCACUUCCUGAUGUCCAUGAAAAGAUCUUUGCCAUGGUGGCGCCUGAGAUUUUCGGCCACAAGAGCAUCAAGGAGGCAAUCGCCUGCCUCUUGUUUGGAGGCACAAGGAAGAAAAUGGUGGACAAUACAUUUCGAAGGGGGGACAUCAAUGUGCUGUUGCUGGGAGAUCCGUCGACGGCCAAGUCGCAGUUUUUGAAGUUUGCCUCAAAGGCGGCACCCAUCGCUGUGUACACAUCAGGGAAGGGGUCCAGUGCUGCAGGGCUGACAGCUGCAGUUGUUCGAGACCCACAGACACGAGAAUUCUAUCUUGAGGGAGGCGCCAUGGUUCUGGCAGAUAACGGCAUAGUCUGCAUUGACGAAUUCGAUAAGAUGCGCGUGGAGGACAGAGUUGCCAUUCAUGAGGCAAUGGAGCAACAGACGAUCUCCAUUGCCAAGGCAGGGAUAACAACGAUGCUGAAAGCCAGGACAUCGGUUUUGGCUGCAGCCAAUCCCCCAAGCGGAAGGUACGAUGACCUGAAGACGGCCCAGGAGAACAUCGACCUUCAGUCGACAAUUUUGUCGAGAUUCGACUUGAUUUUCAUUGUGAAGGACACCAGGAACGUGGAAAAGGACCGGCAGAUUGCGAGGCACGUGCUGGACGUCCAUCGAAUGGCGUCUAUGCAGAUCAACGACGACCGCGAGACGCCGCUCUUCAGCCCCAGCGUCAGCAAGCGUCAAGGCGCCGACACUCCGCAGAAUAUCGACUUCUUGAAGCGUUAUGCUCACUAUGCGAAGCGGCAUUGCACGCCUCAGAUGUCUGAGGAGGCAUCCCGGGUGCUGGAGGCUGAGUACGUUUCACUGAGAACUGAGGCCCGCCGCAUAGCUGAUUCAGGCCACGGGCUGGCGGUGCCGAUCACCAUGCGCCAGCUCGAGGCGAUCAUCCGCAUCAGCGAGUCGCUCGCCCGCAUGCAGCUGAGCGCCGUGGUGGACGUCCGCCACGUGCAGAAGGCGCUGGCGGUGUUCAAGGCCUCCACGAUGGAUGCCGCCAAGUCUGGCAUGAUGGACGGCUACGUUUUCACCGAACAACAGAGACUGGAGCUGCGCGCAGUGGAGAAUCAAAUACGGGAGAAGAUCCCCAGGCAUGCAUACAUGUCGGAGCGCCGGCUGCUGGACAUGAUGCACCGCAUAGGGGUGGACGCCAUGAUUGUGCAGCGUGCCAUCCUGUCGCUGGUGCAACAGUCCGAGCUGGACUACAUGUCACACCGCAAGGUGCUGAGGCGCAGGAAUUGA